GCGACUGUGCGCCGGAAGAAGGUGGUACAUGUUGCUGGCGGGAAAAACAUGAAAACAAUCAGGAUUUGUCAACGACAGAAUAAGCGUUAACGCAUCAUUCUAUGUACCUAACAAUGUGUAGUUAAGUGCCUAUGUAGCAACUAUCUUCUUCUCCUCACCCCUCUGUGUUUUAGUUAUCUUUCUGCGAGCAGUACGAUGGUUCAAAUAAUCAUAAAUUCAAGUGUGGAUGGGACUGGUCCUGCUGAGUGGCUUCUGGUUGAACUCCAGGGGGAGAUGGUGUCCAGGCAGAACUCUGGACUGGCUGGGAACCUGAUGGGAGAUCUGCUCUACACCAAAGAGGGUGUGCCUGUGCUCAUCGUGGGACACCACAUCCUCUAUGGAAAGGUGGUCAAACUGGAGAAGCCCUUCGCUGUCCUGAUGAAACACUCCGGCCUCCCACAGGGGGACGAGGUUCCCAUGGAAACCAACCAUCAGAACCCUACCACCUACUCUGUCGCCGCCCUCAUCAAGAAGAAGCUCAUUUUCAAGACUCGCCCAAAGCCCAUCAUCACUAAUGUGCCCAAGAAAGUGUAGUAAAGUACUUGGUCGUAUGCAUUAGGGCUCACUGUCGCAAAACCCUUUUUACUGAAAAAUUUGACAAGUUCAGAUUGUCUCUGUUUCAGUGUUCCGUUUUGUGCCUAAUGACCCUGGUCACCUCUGUGGGAGGAAAGUACACGCUGCACUCUUAAUGACUUCAAAUCCACAAGUAUGGAGCACACAGUGAAAGACUGUAUUUGGGACACACCCCUCUGGCUUGAGGUUAUGGACCAUCUGGAACUAGACUGUGUGCAUAUUUGUUUAGAUAUGUAAGUGGUUAUGCUCCUGGAAUUUGCUGUAUGUGGUGGUGUAUUAGUAAAAUCAAGAUAUUUCAAUCAUUUUAGCAUUUUUGUGACAGGAUUUAACGUGUUGAUAUGCCAUUUGUACUGUGUUUAUUUUCAGAUGGGAAAGAAAUCAGUACAACAGUGGAAUGAGAAUGUUUUUAUUCAGAUACAAAAACAUACCGUUUUUCAACCGCUGUACAAGUGUAAAAAAUAAAUGUUCUGAUUGAAAUUGAAAUACAAAACCUUUUGCCAAAAACAUGUUUUUUUAUACUGCAUUUAAAUAUGUUCAUAAUGAAAUACAUGGGUGGUUACAAUACUUUAUUUUCAGCUAUUCUAUACCAAUGAAACUAUAUUUGUUAUGUUGUGUAUCAAUAGCCAUAUGCUGUUGCUUGAUUGAGAGUUUUUUUUUUAACCAUGCUACUGUGUUAGAAAUGUUAUCUGUUGGUUAAUUACUUCUACAUGACAGUUACACCUACCUCUUCUAAAUCUACGUAUCAUUCCUAAAUGGUAAUAUAAAAUAAGUCUUAUCUCUCAUCCAUGUAACUACACAAAUACCAGUGUAGCAAUGUUGAGCUCUAGAGACCAAACUACACUGAAUUCACUGACCAUGAUGUGCUAGCUACAUCAUAUUAUAAACAUGAUGUGAACAGCUGUCGUUUCAUGAAAUGUCAGAACCCCAUAAUUCCUUUUAAAUAUAAGCCGAUUCUUCACCCCAUCAUUCUUGCGCAUCUUCAAAAUAUCUUUGAAUAUGUUCAAUACAGAAAAUAUAUUACUUUGCAAUAUU